AUGCCUAACGAAGAAGGGUCAAAGGAUUCCGUGAUGCAAGCCGCUGUGCAGCAACCUGUUGAAGAUCCACGUGCAAGCGAAGGCGUUACCGAAAUCGCAAAGGUGACCGUGAAAAUUCCACCAAUUUGGCAUGCAAAACCUGAGCUGUAUAUUGCGCAGGUAGAGUCGCAAUUUAUUGCCGCUGGCAUUUCGAGCGACAGGUCUAAGUACCACACCGUAGUAGCCGCCAUCGAAAGCAGCGUCCUCGCACAAAUUAGCGACAUUAUACUUAAUCCGCCAGUUGAGGACUUGUAUAGAACCCUAAAGAUGCGCUUGUUAGAGCAGUUUGCCGAUUCCGAGCAAAAAAGAAUCAAAAAACUACUGCAGGAUUUAGAGCUUGGAGACAUGCGCCCAUAA